CCUCUCUCCUCUCCCCAGACUAUCCUCCACUCGACUCUGUUAGACCAGCGGUCGAUUCCCACAUAAUCAUGCAUCUACGAGGUCUCUCCCUGCUCGCUCUGGCAGCAGCAACCGCCAACGCCUUCCGAGACUCCUCUCCUUUCUUCCUUGCCUCGACCUCUGAAAUCCUUACGCAACCCGCAAACCUCAAGAGCGCGACGGACCUGCUCGAUGACCUUUCCUCGGCCCUCCGUGGCUGCCCCUCCGAUUACUAUGUCCUCGCUUCUCAACCGGGGGUCCACAGCACCGACUUCUCCAAGCGCAACGCUGCCCCUCGCCUCGGCGCGAAGAUGACGGGCAAAGACCGGGAUAUCUCGUCGAAGAUGAUUGUCAGUGAGGUGGUGGGGGCGUUGGAGGCCAAGCAGAUCCAGGACGUGCUGGAGAAGGAGUGUGGGGCGCAGACGACUGUCGUGGAUGGUUCUUCGGGAUCGUAUCCCUCUGAUUUCGGGGCUGAGCCUCGUGUGAUCCUGGUGGACUUUCCCAAUCUUUCCCUGGGGUCGGAUCGCGCGCAGCAGCUCUCCGACAACGAUGGUCUUCUGUCGGACGUCGUCGAGCGGAUCCCGUCGUCAAAGAAGUACACGAUCCUCUACGUCACCUCGCCGAGGGAGUUCGAAGAGCCCACUCACGGCAUGUCUCAAUCGAACCACGGAUCCUACCAAGAUCCCGUCCACAUGGACUUGAAGCGGGACUACUCGGCACAUUCUCGUCGGGAACAGCCUGCGUCCAACAGCUCGUUGUUCCAGGAAUACCAAUACUUCACUCCCGGUAUCUUCAUGGGAUUCAUGGCGACCUUCUUGUUCCUGGCUAUUUUCUACGUUGGUCUCAGCGCUCUCCUGAGUCUGCAGGUCCCCUAUGCGGCGUUUGAGAAGGACACGUCGGCUACGGUGCAAAAGAAGCAGCAGUGAUUGAUGAACUUAUCUGGGGGGGGGGAGAUGUUACUUAUGCUAUGAUACACCUUGUUGAUUCAUGUUGGCGACUAUCCUUGUAUUAUGCUAUUAAGUGUGAUUAUUGCA